CGGAGUUUUCGUGUUUAUUUGUGUUCCUUGCCCUGCUGAUUGUUUAUAAUUUCCCAUUUUCACGCAUUUUACCACAUUUUCCUGGCUGCAAUCUCAUUCACUCGCACCGUGGGUAGUCACAGAAGCUAAAAGAUGGUCCUUUUGGAAUCCUGUUGGUCCCCUUGCAUCUGGACAAACUCGGUCAAGUCCGGGAGCUAUGCAGUUGCUGUCUACACAGCUGCCAUCAGCGUCGUCCUCAUCACAAUGAUUGUCUACAUGCUCCUGGGCGGAGACUCCACACAGCUCUAUUCCCCGCUCUUUGAGACAGACAUCCGGAGCUCAAUGAAGAUCGUGGGCGGUUUCUUCAUCCUGUACUUCAUCCUCCUCAUCGUGUCCGCCUAUUUGCUGUACUACGGCAUCAAGAUCACGACGAGAGGCUGGAUGCUUCCGUGGCUCAUCCUGUGUGGCGUGGCCAUUCUCUUCCAGUUUGUCUUCAGUCUCUGGCUCAUCGGCGGCUACUACAUUUACCUUGAAGCCACCUACGCAAGUCUCGUGAACGCCGUCUGGAUGGCCUACAAUAUCUACUGCUGGAUGUGCGUGUAUUCGCAGUAUCAGAUCUUCGUGGAGCUCCAAUCGCCCAACAUUGAGCUGCUCAUGCCGUAAAAGGAGAAAUCCUUUGAGAAUCUCACUGAU